AUGGGUGAUGUUGAAAAAGGCAAGGAGAUCUUUAUUCAGAAAUGUUCAGAUGAAAAAGAUGGAAAGCACAAGACAGGAGGAAAUCUUUGGGGUUUAUUUGGCUGCAGAACAGGACAAGCUGCAGGAUUUUCUUACCCAGAUGCAAACAAGAACAAAGGAGUUGUCUGGAGUGAGAAUACACUGACAGAGCGUUUGGAAAACCCUAAGAAAUACAUUCCUGGUACAGAAAUUAUUUUUGCUGGAAUUAAAAAGCAGAAUGAAAGAGCUGGUCUCAUUGCAUACUUGAAAAAAAGCAACUUAAUGAAACAUUGCUGCAGCAGCUGUAAAGCCAGUGAAAAAAAUGUUUUGAAUUUUGACUAG